AUGGAGACAUCUCUUGAGUUAAUGGUGCACCACCAAGGCACCGCGCAUACCUUCCACCUCCCACCAACCGCCACACUCGAAGACCUCAGCUCCGAAAUCGAAGCAGACCUCAAUAUCCCAAUAUCAAACCAGAAGCUCCUCAUCGCACCAAAGCCAGGCAUGAAAAAGGCCCCAUUUCCACCAACGCAACUCAGCGAGCUGCUGCCUCUAUCUUCCCCGAAGUUCAAAAUCACCCUCCUCGGCACCCCAGCAAAAGACAUCGCCGAGCUCCACCAACAAGCCGCAGACGUAAAAAAACGACAAGAAGCUCGUCGCGAAGCCUUCGCCGCUAGCAAAAGGAAUAGAGUCACCCCCGCGCCUUCUAGAGGUGGCGUUCACACCCUCUCGUCCUCGAGUAACAACUAUACUUUCCAUCGCUGCCUUCCUCUCUCCUACCUCCCGAACCCAGACCGGUCUCUGCAGUUCCUCGAGCGACUCCGUGAUGACCCAGGUAUUCGCGCUGCAAUGGCUAAGCAUCAGUUCUCUGUGCCGCUUCUUACGGAAAUGAAUCCUGCAGAGCACACGACUAGUGAGUCGCGGACUCUGGGUCUAAAUAGGAAUAAGGGCGAGGUUAUUGAGUUGCGACUGCGUACGGAUGCGUACGAUGGGUAUCGCGAUUAUAGAACUAUAAGGAAGACACUAUGCCACGAGCUGGCGCAUUGUGUGUUUGGACCUCACGAUCGGGAUUUCUGGGAUCUGACGUCGCAGAUUGAGAAAGAGGUCGAGAAAGCGGAUUGGAAGUCUGGUGGGAAUCGAUUGACUCAGGAUGAGUUUUAUAACCCUGGGGAUUGGGAAAGGAUGCAAGAAGACGAGGAAUACGUUGAUGAGUGUGGGUGGACUGGAGGCGAGUUUGUGCUUGGGGGCUCGAAAGCUGAGUCUGGUGCUUCGGGAUCCAGGCUCGGGGCAGCGACGGGAACUGAGUCCAGAAGGGAGGCUAUGGCUCGUGCGGCGGAAGAAAGAAUGAAGAAGGGGAAGGGGAAGCAGGAUGAUUCAAGAUGA